UCAAAAACCAUCAAAACUUCAGUUCUAGGGAGGUGGAAAAUGAGGUUUGAUAAGUUCUUGUUAGCCGUUUUCUUCGUGGGUCUCACCCUGUUAGCCCACCUCUCUCUAGCUCAAAACUCCCCUCAAGACUACGUUCGAGCCCACAACGCGGUUCGAGCCAAGGUUGGGGUCGGUCCAAUGACCUGGAACACUACAGUGGCAGCCUAUGCUCAAAAAUACGCCAAGAAAAGGAUUCGAGACUGCAACAUGGUGCAUUCUGAUGGCCCCUAUGGGGAGAACCUUGCAGCGGGCUACCCUGACCUUAGUGGCGUUGACGCCGUGAAAAUGUGGGCCGGUGAGAAGCCUAACUACAACCAUGCUAAGAACUCGUGUGUGAACGGCGAAUGCCUGCACUACACCCAGGUGGUUUGGCGUAACUCCGUUCAUCUCGGGUGCGGUCGGGUCAAGUGCAAGAAUGGGUGGGUUUUUGUGAUUUGCAACUAUGAUCCCUACGGAAAUAUUGAGGGCCAACGUCCUUACUAAUUAAACAUGGGUGUAUUAAGUUGAUUUCUAUGAUUUCUUUUGGAUUUGGAAUAAUUAAGUGAAAUAGUG